CACCGGAGCUUUAGUAAGGGUGCGGACUUGGCUAGAAAGUGAACGAGCAUGGGCUGGAAGGAAGUGUUUCUCUGUGCGCUGGUAGUGUCCGUUGUGGUGUCCGAAAAUCCGAUAUGGCGCAAGCUGGAGGGAGACCUAGAGCCGGAAGCUGAAGCAGAAGUUGCACCGUUCGAGGAGGUCGAUGAAUCCUACCGACUUCCAACGGUUACUGCUCCAACGCAUUACAAUCUGCAUCUUCGAACGGCAAUCCACCGCAACGAGCGUACGUUCCAGGGAACGGUGGAGAUCUUCCUAAAUGUACUGCAAGCUACCGACAAGAUCACGAUCCUCAACCGUGACCUGGUUAUUCGAAGAGUGACGCUGUAUAGAGAUGGAGCUGAGCCUGAACUUUUGGAGACUCCACCCUUCGACACCGAUCCAAGGACGGAACAUCUCACGAUCACCAGUUCGCAGCAGCUUGCGGUUGGAAGUUACAUGAUCAAGGUCGAGUUCGACGGCAGACUGCAGGAAAACAACAAUAUGGGAUUCUUCAGAUCGUCGUAUCUGGACAACAACAGAAAUCGUCGAUACCUGGCGUCCAGCAAGUUCGAACCCACCCACGCCAGAUCAGCCUUCCCGUGCUACGACGAACCCCGUCUGAAGGCCACCUUCACGUUGUCCAUUACCCACGGAAAGGACUACCACGCCGUUGCCAAUAUGCCUCAAGAAGGUGAACUGGAGCCGGACCAGGACGAUGCCGACUUUGUCACGACUCACUUCCAGAAAUCGACCAGAAUGUCCACCUAUCUGUUAGCGUUUGCCGUGUCGGACUUUGCGAUCCGAACUAGCGGUUACCAGACGGUCUACGCACGCUCGAACGUAUUCGAAGAGACGGAAUAUCCGCUACAGGCCGGCGUGGACAUUCUGAACGCACUGAGUGCGUACACGAGAGUGGAAUACACCGAUCAUAUGCCUAAAAUGACUCAAAUUGCUAUCCCUGAUCGGGGCACUGGGGCAAUGGAGAAUUGGGGCUUGGUCGCGUACGGUGAACCCGUGCUGCUGUUCAACCCGUCCGUAAACACCUAUCGAAACAAGAAGACCGUUGAUACCAUCAUCGCCCACGAGUACGCCCACCAGUGGUUCGGAAACCUGGUCAGUCCCGACUGGUGGGACUACAUCUGGCUGAACGAGGGAUUCGCCACGGUGUACGAGUACUUGGCGGCGCAGCUGGCCUACCCGGAGAAGCGGUACAUGGACCUGUGGAACGUGGAGGUCAUUCACAACGCGUUCGCCGCCGAUGCCCGCGAGUCGAUCCGACCGAUGACCUGGAAUGCGGCUUCGCCGAGUGAGAUCGCCGCGCUGUUUGAUACUAUUGCGUACAGUAAAGCCGGCAGCGUGCUGAACAUGUUCCGCGUCGUAUUCCAAGACGAAAACUGGCGCGCAGGUCUGUUGGAGUACUUCAACCAACGGCUUCUGGACGCGGCCGUUGCUGAUCAUCUGUACGACGGACUCCAACUGGCAAUACAAGGAAAGGAUGUCUACCCAACCGGAUUCACCGUCAAACAGUUGAUGGAUUCGUGGACUACCGCCCCGGGCUUCCCUCUACUGACGGUUAAGCGAGACUACAAGAACGGUCAAAUCUACCUCUCUCAAGAGAGAUUCCUGAGUGAUCGCCAAUUGCCCAACAGCCACGUUUUCCACAUUCCGUACAAUUUCGCAACGCAAACUUCCGCAGACUUUGACAAUCUUCACUUUGACUGGUUGUCCUCGAAGGCGGCCAAGAUAUCGACAGAAGCAGCGGAGAACGAAUGGGUGAUCUUCAACAAGCAGCAAACCGGAUACUACCGAGUCAAUUACGACCCACAGAACUGGGAGCUGCUCAUCGAUGCGCUCAUGGCUGAUCCCAGCGUGAUUCACGUACAGAACCGAGCUCAGCUGAUAAACGACGCCUACAACCUGGCUCGUGCCGACCGUCUGGACAUGUCGCUUCCGUUGACGCUCAUGAAGUACCUCGCACAGGAGACCGCGUACCCGCCGUGGGCAGCCGCCAACACAGUCCUGACCUACUUGAACAACAAACUACGUGGAACUGAACACUACCCGGCGUUCCUCAACUAUGUCCACUCGAUGCUGGAUACGGUCUACGCUACCGUAACCGUUGAAACCGUCCAAGAUGGGGAAACCAUGCUGGACAAAUAUCUGAGACAGAGCAUCACAACGUGGGCGUGUCGCAUUGGAACUGCAGACUGUCUCACCCGUACGGAAGCUGCCUUGAAGCAAGCCGUUCAGAGCAAUAUCCCAGUCCAUCCGGACGUUUCCAGUGUGGUCUAUUGCUACGGUAUGCACAACUCAGGAGAAACGGAAUUCGUUUGGUUGUACAACCGACUCCACACCUCAAAGAAUCAAGCCGAGCGAUCGCUGCUCAUCGACUCGCUCGGAUGCUCCCAGAACAAGGAGUACCUCAAAGCAUACCUGAUGUCCGCGUUCGGAACCAACAACCUGCUCUCAACGGAGCGAACGCGCAUUGUUUCCGCCGUGUACUCGACCAGCCGAGCGGGAGUGGACGCUAUGGUCGAGUUCCUGAUGGACGAGACCAUCGUGGACGAGUUCAUCUCCAGCUUGGGCGUUGGUACGCUGAACAACGCAAUUGCGAACAUUGCCGCUAGGACGAACAAUGCUGCCGAGCAGCAACAGCUGGAAGAUUUGCUGGGCAAGCUGGGAAGCAGAGUUAGCGCUAGUACUGCGGCCGCUGCCAGGGCUACCGUGGCCAGCAACUUCUACUGGUUCAACACACUGGAGGGGCUGAUUGUGGGAGAGUUUUUGGAAGGAUUUGUUGAAGCUUAGAAAAUGUUUAAUACUGUAUGAAUAAUAUGUAAUAAAAUAAUUAAAUUGGAGAUUUUAAA